AUGAAGCCCUCCAGCCUCUUUGCCUGCGCCGCCCUCUUCGCCCAGGCGGCCAUGGCCGAUCUAGACCUACGGCUCAUCACCUUCAACAUCCGCUACGCAGCCUCCUCGCUCAUGACUAACGAAAAGCCCUGGUCGACACGGCGGCCCUUGCUAAAGAACCAACUGGCCGGGUCCAUCACCGGCGCCGCCAGCGGAGCGCUGACCGUCAUCGGCAUGCAAGAGGUCCUGCACCAGCAGCUCCUCGACAUCAAGAGCGACCUCGGCUCGCGAUGGGCGCACAUCGGCGUCGCCCGAGACGACGGCAAGCAGAGCGGAGAGUACUGCCCUAUACUCUACGACAACACCGCCGUGAAGCUCAUCUACUCCGAAACCAAGUGGCUCUCUCCCACCCCGGACACGCCUUCGUUUGGGUGGAACGGCGGGAGCCGCCGCGUCAUCACGAUUGGCGUUUUCGAGAGCAUCGCCUCGGGCGAGCGGUUUAUUGCUGCUAAUACCCACCUGGACAACGCCAGCUCCCAGGCGCGGUCCGAAGGUAUCAAGGUUGCGCUGAGCGUGAUUAAGAGGAUUCAGGGGACCUACGGCCCGCUGGGCGUUUCCUUGACGGGCGACUUCAACUCGGCGCCCGGCGGGGAUGCGUACACUGUUGUCCAGAAUGAUGGGUAUCUUCGCGAGCUGUACGCGCUCGCCGAUGCGUCCAAGCGAUUUGGUCCCGUCCAUACGUACACCACUUUUACGAGCACUACUGGGAGCCGCAUCGACUUCAUCUGGGUGGGCCCGGCCGCUGAUAACCGCUGGGAUGUUCAGAGGUAUGAGGUGUUGGAUAAUGUCAAAGAUGGCGUGUACAUAAGUGAUCAUAGGGCUGUUGUCGGCGAUCUCAAACUACGCACUUAG